UGAGCUGACGGGGCCCGGGCCAGGGUUCUCGGUGGGCGGCAGAGGACCUCUGGUGGGAGCUGGAGGCGGGGCUCAUACCUAGAGCCUGUCCCCAGGAACCGCUGUGUGGGCCAGGGGAUACAGCCCGUGGGCGGUAGCCUACCUACUGGCAGGUUGUUUCCCACCCUGAGGCCCGCACAGUCAAGCUCGAGACUGUCAGCCUGAGAUCUUAACAACCUCCCACGCGGCCCCUCCACUUGGGGCCCUGGAGGCGACUGACACAGCCGAAUAAGGCAGUGAUUGCCCUGCAUGCUCUGGAAAGGAAGAGAAAUGGAAGUGAAAAAGUUGAGCAUUUCCUGGCAGUUCUUGAUAGUUCUGGUUCUGAUCCUGCAAAUUCUGUCUGCGUUGGAUUUUGACCCAUACAGAGUCCUAGGGGUCAGCCGGACAGCCAGUCAGGCUGACAUUAAAAAGGCUUAUAAGAAGCUCGCCCGGGAAUGGCAUCCUGACAAAAACAAGGAUCCUGGAGCAGAAGACAAGUUCAUCCAAAUCAGCAAGGCUUACGAGAUUCUUUCCAAUGAAGAGAAGAGAUCAAAUUACGAUCACUAUGGAGAUGCUGGGGAGAACCAGAAGCAGCGCCAGCAGCGAGAGUAUCGCUUCCGCCAUUUCCACGAAAACUUUUAUUUCGAUGAAUCUUUUUUUCACUUCCCUUUUAACUCCGAGCGGCGGGACUCCAUUGAUGAGAAGUAUUUACUGCACUUUUCGCAGUAUGUGAAUGAAGUGGUUCCAGAUAGCUUCAGGAAACCCUACCUCAUUAAGAUCACCUCAGAUUGGUGCUUUAGCUGCAUCCAUAUCGAGCCUGUUUGGAAAGAAGUAGUUCAAGAACUGGAAGGACUGGGUGUAGGAAUUGGCGUGGUCCAUGCUGGGUACGAGAGACGCCUUGCCCAUCACCUGGGAGCACACAGUACACCCUCUAUCCUAGGAAUCAUAAAUGGGAAGAUCUCCUUCUUCCACAAUGCCGUCGUCCGCGAGAACCUACGACAGUUUGUAGAAAGUCUUCUUCCAGGGAACUUGGUGGAGAAAGUUACAAAUAAAAAUUAUGUCAGAUUCCUCUCUGGCUGGCAGCAAGAGAAUAAACCUCAUGUCCUUCUGUUUGACCAAAUGCCCACUGUACCACUGCUGUACAAGUUAACUGCUUUUGCAUACAAGGAUUAUUUGUCGUUUGGAUAUGUGUAUGUCGGUUUGAGAGGGGCAGAAGAGAUGACGAGGCAAUACAACGUCAACGCCUACACCCCCACCAUCUUGGUCUUUAAAGAACACACAAACAAGCCUGCAGGUGCUCUCCAGGCCCGAGGUAUGAAGAAACAAGUCAUUGAUGAAUUCAUCACCCAAAACAAGUAUCUAUUGGUAGCCAGGCUCACCAGCCAGAAGUUGUUCCAUGAACUCUGCCCUGUGAAACGGUCUCACCGACAGAGGAAGUACUGUGUGGUUUUACUGACUGCCGAGGCUACCAAGUCGAGUAAACCCUUUGAGGCAUUCCUGUCAUUUGCCCUGGCAAACACACAAGACACAGUGAGAUUCGUGCACAUCUACAGCAGUCGGCAGCAGGAGUUUGCCAAGACCUUACUACCAGACAGCGAUUCGUUUCAAGGAAAAUCAGCGGUGUCCAUCUUAGAGAGGCGCAACACAGCGGGAAGGGUGGUGUACAGAACCCUGGAGGAUCCCUGGACCGGGAGCGAGAGCGAUAAGUUCAUCCUUCUGGGUUUUCUCCACCAGCUGCGCAAAGACCCUGCCCUCCUGUCCUCAGAGGCUGUGCUCCCCGACUUGACCGAUGAACUUGCCCCUGUUUUUCUCCUUCGGUGGCUCUACUCUGCCUCUGACUACAUCUCAGACUGCUGGGAUAGCUUAUUUCAUAACAACUGGCGGGAAAUGAUGCCCCUCCUGUCCCUGGUCUUCUCUGCCCUGUUCAUCCUCUUCGGCACCGUCCUCAUUCAGGCUUUCAGUGACUCGAAUGAUGAGCGUGAGUCAAACCCUCCGGAUAAAGAGGAAGCCCAUGAGAAGGCGGGGAAGGCCGAGCCAAGCUUCACCAGAGAAAACAGCAGCAAGAUUCCUAAAAAAGGCUUUGUGGAGGUAACUGAACUCACAGACGUGACAUACACCAGUAACUUGGUGCGCCUGAGGCCAGGCCACAUGAACGUCGUCCUCAUCCUAUCAAACUCCACCAAGACCAGCCUACUACAGAAAUUCGCUUUAGAGGUCUACACAUUCACUGGGAGCAGCUGCCUGCACUUCUCCUUCCUGAGCCUAGAUAAGCACAGAGAGUGGCUGGAAUACUUACUAGAGUUUGCUCAAGAUGCAGCCCCAAUUCCAAACCAGUACGACAAGCAUUUCAUGGAACGUGACUACACUGGUUAUGUCCUGGCUCUCAAUGGCCACAAGAAAUACUUCUGCCUUUUCAAGCCCCAAAAAACAGUGGAAGAGGAGGAAGCCAUGGGGUCAUGCGGUGAUCUUGACUCUUCCCUGCAUCUGAGUGACUCUCGAGGGAAAUCAUCCUGUGGCCUGGGAUCCAGGCCCAUCAAAGGAAAACUGAGCAAGCUGUCCUUGUGGAUGGAGCGCCUUCUGGAAGGCUCCUUGCAGAGGUUUUAUAUCCCCUCGUGGCCUGAACUAGACUGAGAGGAUUUCAGAGAGACUCGAACUCCUCAGGCUUUUUUAAUAGGCCCCUGUGAACAGGUAUUUUCAGGACUCAAACUAUCACAACAGACAAGAGUAUAGGUUCUAGAUUAUUAUUCUACAACCACGGCUAGAAGAAUCUUUCCUUUGUCCCGUUCCAACCUAGGAGUGAAAAACACCACAAGUUGGAUUCCCUACAUCCAAAUAUUUCCCUUCGGGUUUUUGUUCCCUCAUUUGGAUGCUGCACUGUAUCAAGUAGACUCCUCAUCCCCUCUUCCUUCGUUGUCUGUGUCGCCUGCUCACACCACCCUCCUCUGUCCUGCCUCUGUGCUCUGGGAGAAGCACAGGGCACAGCCCUGCAGCGGUACCUGGACGGAACCUCAGAGCCUGGCGUUGCCUGGCGUUCUGGUCCUGGCGCGCCCGGAACGUCGCUUAGCCCCUCCCCUGCCCUCCUGGCCCCUGCUGCGCCCUGCCAUGGUGCAUGCUGUGACCGUGGAACAGUCCACAGCGGCUUCUAGGCCCUGCAUCUUCAAGGAGGCCUUGUUCCAAGCAACCUUACAUUUAAUGGUUUUCCAGCAGAAAAUGGCUAAAAGUCUAUUUUGGGGGUAUGCCCUCCAACCGUUGAUCAGCCGUUUAAAAAGGCAGGAGAUGAGUGGGGAUUCUGCGUGUGAGUUCGGUUUUCUUCCCAUGACAAGAGAAGGGUGGGCUGGGUGGCGACCGAAGCGACCCCUCUGUGAGCGUCCCAGCAGCGCCUCCCCAGGGCUCCGUGUGGCCAGGGAGGGGUCUGCACGGCGAGAAGCACUGUAAUGACUUUGAGCUCUUUAUGUAUGUGUUUUCACAUGCCCUUCUGCCUCUGUCAGUUUUAGGGUAUGGAUAUUAGGAGCCAUAACUUGUAAUCUUGUUCUCUGAAUGUAGAGAUAAGCUGCUAUAAGCCAGUAGAUGGUGAACUGAAGACAUAUUCCCCUCUGCCAUGAGUCAGUUGGAGAAACCUCUUCACUCCAGUGAUGUCUCUAGUAAAGCACCAGACAUGUCUUUGUAUUGAGGAACUUAAAAUUUCUCAACACUUGUUCUUGGACACUGUUACCCCAAAAGCACUGUAUCUUCAAGCUCUCUUUUAUGGCAAGUGAGUCAAGACUUAUUCUAGACUCCUCUGUUUUGCAGAGGGCUUACUCUGAGCUUCUGGCCUAUAUUUUGAUGUCUCGUCUUAAGUGUUUUCACUCUUAACUUAAAACUGCUUCACAAGUUUACAGGGUCAAACCUGUUCUAUCAGCACCCCAGCUUGCACUCCAGUGUACAGUGGACUCCAGGCUGGAUCAUAACCAGCCAGUUAGAGUUUAGCUUUUCUUCUUAGGGCUACACCACCAAAGGAGUUUAGAUAGCUUCAAGGAGUGGUCUGUUCAAUUGUCAAAGCAAAUUGCCCUUUUAUAAAGUGAAGGGUCAAAAUCAGUGAUGGGAUAUUUACUAAGUUGGUAUUUCUUUAAUCAUAAUUGUUUUGAACUAAGCCACUUGGAUCCCAAAUUAUUUAAAUAUCAAGCUACAGUGGCCAGUAAUAAAUUAUGAAAGCCCAGGAAUUCCUAAAGAUUUUACGAAGUUUUAUAGCUUUGUUAAGAAAUCACUGCCAGGCUUUAUUUUUCCACAUGAUCCUCUAAAAAUGGAUGCUUACUCUGAUGGCCCCAUCUCAUGGCACCUGGCCCAGGUAGACAUAAUCAAGCAAUUAAUUUGGCUCCUUGAUGCCCUGUCCUCGGAGUUAUUUUCUGGGUUAUUUAUAGCCAAAUCACUUAUACGAGUAGCAUUUUGUUUCAGUGAUAAGUUUUUAUUUUUAAUUGCUAGUACUAAUGGGAAUCUUAAUUUCUGAAAACCAAAACCUCCCCAGAUAUGUUCAUUUUUUUUUUUAGCAUUAAAAAUACCUUCAGAUAACUGUACCUUCAGAUACCUUAGUACAUUUGUACUAAGAAAGUAAUAAUAGGAUUGAAAACAUUCCUGGCAAGUAUUUCAGUCCAAAAAUUCUGCAGA